GAAAAUGUUGGAGCAGAUUUUAUGACUAGAACUUCAUAGUACAUGGUGUGACAGGCGUUACAUUAGUUUACUCUAGCGGUGUUGCGGUAUAGGAGUGUUCGACAAUGAUUUUUUGUGUGCAAUAGUGAACUCGGUGAUGCGUACAGUGUAGUGAUAAGUGAAUCGAAGUGAGGUGUGGGGAAGGUAACCAGUGGUGUAAGUGACAAAAAUGGCGGAAGUAAGCAAGUGUUAACGUUGGACCGACAUAUGAAGACAGCGGAAACAUCCCAUACAAUGAAAAAGAAGUUUUUCAAAGGGAAACACUCUUGAAGUGGGCAUAUGUCAUGAGCCAAUAAAGAAAGAAAGAAAGAAAGAAAGAAAGAAGAAGGAAAAGCAGAAUAUCAGAAGAGGACAAGAAAGCACUAGGAGUUGGUGGAAAAAGUAAAGAAAAAAAAGAAGUUAGAAAAUAAGAGCGUCCGAAUAAAAGGAAUACUAUAUAUGAAAGAAGUGCAAAAGUGCACGCGGAGCUACGUGGCCAAAGGGAAAAAAAGACACGUAUCCGAAGAGAGCGGCCAAGCUACGCUAUGGAAUGAGGAGAGGCAGAAGGAGCUGGAAGCGGUCAGGGCGGAUGGAGCGCGGCGACGGCGGAAACCCAGUGGAAGCUGCUCUUCAGCUGCCGCGGCCGCGACUCGUGGGCUGAGUCGGCGUUCCACCGGAGACCGCACAGCUACAGGCUGACGGAGCCGUUUUCCCGACUACCCGCGGCUACGAUCCACAGGCUAAGAGGAGUCGACCGGGCGAUCCAGGCGCGUCGGUCACCCCACUGCCCUGACUCAGUGAGCCGGUCUACCGUGGGCCGAACGUCGGAGACAGCGACUUCGAGUGCACGACGCAUCGGCGGGCCCAACGACGUGUCGUCGGAAGCAGCGACAACUAGGCGACGCGGCUGCGUCGAUGGAUUUGAUGUACCUGCCAGCUGCGCUACCGAGUGGUCACUGAACUAGGGCGGGGACGACGAAGAAGGGGCCGGAAACGGUCAUGUCGGGGUUUCUGCAUUCCGACUGGUGCGAAGUGUAUCUAUGCAGUAUGCCACUUCAGCAGGGGGCCUCCAUGAAUGGCGCUGUCGACGCCCUCUCACUGUUUGCCUCGUCGUCGCGCUCGGUGUGCGGCAACUCCUGGGAGAAGCACUGGCUGCUCGUGUUUGACUACGGCGAAGAGGAGGUGCUCAUCUGCGAUGCUGACAUGGACCAUUUGGGGGAGCUCACGGGUCGGACCUCUUGGAAAAAGAGGGCGGCGCUACAAAACUACGAACACAAGAAGUACCUUGCAAAGCGGCGCAUUCCAAGAGCACGCAUUGAGCAGUACAUGAGGAAGAUGUGCGACUCCGGCCGAUACCAUCUAACGGACAACAACUGCCAGAAGUGGGCCCAAGACCUUCUGCGUGAACUAGACAUAGCGCUUCCUGCUGACGAGCUGGAUGCCCGCACUGUCGUCAACAGCUACAUACAGCCAGCGGCCCUUACUGGUGCCGUCGUCUUGGGCGCCGGCCUUCUAGGUGCGCUCAUAUUCGGUGGUGGUGCCCGUAGAAACAGACGGGAGUAAACGGAGUACCGCGUAACAGCAAUGAACUUUUAAGCAUGCGUAUUAGGACAUUGACGUACGGCUCAAAAUUUUCUAACGCACGCGCUUGUGUGAAUGUUCCAGCGUAUUCUUAACAAUAAUGUCCCACAACCCGAGAGGCUGCUCCACAACGACUCAGCGACUCGAACACCGACCUUCCUGUCUGAUAGAUUGGAGUGUGAGGCACGUUGAAAUUUCCCUGUAGUGGUUUGAGAAUAUCACCUAUUCUCAACUAUGUACCUAUGCGCUGUUGUGCCGUCUCUCCUCGCCUAAAGUCACAGAACUUCUAUUUGAACACUGUUGCCCAACACUCCAUGUUACCUGCCUCAUAUCAAGGCGCACAUAAACGGUUUCUUGAGGUAUUACGUGAGGUUGUCCGGAACACCUGAAGAGAAUUAAAUCACUGUUUAAAACACCUAUGUGCACGUUGUAGUGCACUGUUAUUGCGAUACGGCAAUAUUGCACUACUCCACUUCAAGGUAAAGAGCCUCGUGGAUUUACAUGGUUUCCUUUCAGACGCAUUCAAUCGUCUGCAGAAAUUUUGAGCGCUACUAUUGAUGAUUAAAUGUGAAUGCUACAUGUAGCUGCAAUAAAAAGUUUUCAUACUU